AAGAAGAAGAAGAAGAUAGAGCGUUUUGGCUUAGUAGCAAGAGUUUUCGGCGGACAAUUAACGCGGAGGGUUGAAAACGCAUUUUAACCUUCUCGUCGGCGACGUCGAAGCGAGCGGACGGCCAGAGGUUUGGUCAUUGAUCAUUUGGUUGACAGAAAGACCAGUGAGAGAAAGAGAGAGAAGGAAGGAAGGAGAGACAACGAGAGAAAGAAAGAGUAAUACGAGAGUAUCACCGUCGAAUGAGACGACGAGAUAUCGUUGGAGGAGGAUAAAAGAGAGAUAUAGAGAUCGAGUGCAGUGUCAAAGUCUGUGAUAGUAUUUAUUCAAACGAUUUCGAAUAUACAACAGCGACGACGACGGCGUUAACAUCGGUCGACGGUAAAAAGAAAAAAAAAAUAUCGCGCGCGUCGAACAAGCGGAAGAUUUAGAUAGGCUUUAUAUAUUUAUUUAUAUCUGUGAUAUCUACACUGAUAUACAUCGAUCUGAUUCGGACGGCGUAUCCAUCGGAGAAAGUGGAAAAGGAUCAUCGAAUCGUAGACGUCGCGCGAACACGAGAAAGAGCUUUUCACGAUAUAUAUAUAUACACAUAUAUAUAUAUAUAUAUAUAUUACAUAUUAAGAGGAUCGUCGUAGGGAGAAAAAAGAGAGAUUAUAUCAGUAUCUUAGCAGAUAGGCGUUUUUUGUAUAUACGACUGACUCUUUUUUACAAUUAUUAAUACUGGUGCGAAAUCGCCAAAAGAGAGACAGAGAAAGAGAGAGAAAGAGAGAAGGAGAGAAGAGCAGAGCAGAGCAGAGCAGAAGAGAAGAAGAAGGAGAGAAAAAGUGAGAAAUCGAAUUUUCCUAGCGCCAAACGAAAGUUACGUACGUGAACGAAAAUGGUGGAGAGACUAGUGGAAGAACGCAAGAGCAGCUUUCAAGCGAACGGCCGAGGCGAUGGAAAUUGUAGAGACGUCGCCUCGACCGGAGAAUCGAUGAGCGCGGUACAAGCGCGUCAAGAAGAGGCGAGACGCAAAAGACGCAGGAAGAAACGUUCUGGAUCGUCCCUAGUGUCCUCUUGUUUCCAAGAUUUGUACAAAUUGACGGGAGAGGUGCUUGGAGAAGGAGCCUAUGCCUCGGUUCAAUCGUGUACGUCCCUGUACACGGAUUUGGAGUAUGCCGUGAAGAUCAUCGAUAAGAUUCCUGGACAUGCGCGUGCUAGAGUUUUCAAGGAAGUCGAGACAUUCCACCAUUGCCAGGGACAUCCUAAUAUCAUACAGUUGAUCGAGUUUUUCGAAGACGAGGAAAAGUUUUAUCUCGUUUUUGAAAAGAUCAAUGGGGGUCAACUAUUGAACAGGAUUCAGGAGAGGGUGCACUUUAGUGAGAGAGAAGCGAGUCAAAUCGUCAGUGAGAUCGCAAGUGCACUAAAUUUCCUUCACAAGAAGGGAAUCGCACACAGGGAUCUCAAGCCGGAAAACAUCUUGUGCGUGUAUCCGGACAAAUUAACACCGAUCAAAGUAUGCGAUUUUGACUUGGGUUCUGGUAUAAAGUUCAACAACUCGCUAUCGAGUCCUGUAGCAACGCCACAGUUAUUGACGCCGGUUGGAAGCGCCGAAUUCAUGGCCCCGGAGGUAGUCGAGGCUUUCAUCGGCGAAACGAAUUAUUACGACAAACGUUGCGAUCUUUGGAGUCUCGGCGUGAUAAUGUAUAUUCUGUUAUGUGGCUAUCCACCUUUCUACGGGAACUGUGGCACCGAUUGCGGCUGGGAGAGAGGAGAGAAUUGUCAGGCUUGUCAGGAAUUGCUAUUUACCAGUAUUCAAGAGGGAAGGUACGAAUUUCCUGACAAAGAAUGGAGAACUAUAUCGGAGGACGCGAAGGAUUUAAUUAGAGGCUUGCUAGUAAAGGAGGCUCAUCAAAGGCUCAGCGCGGAAUGCAUUCUGAAACAUCCGUGGAUUAAUCCUGGGCCAGCGUCGGUCGACAAUAGCGAACAAUCUCUUAUAACUCCCCAUAUCAUUAGAAGAAAUAAUUCUGCUCGAGAGCUCUCAGCGUUCGCUGAGUCGGCAAUGGCUGUGAAUCGCGUGGUACUUCAGCACUUCUCCAUUAACUUGGAGGAGUUGACGGAGAACAGGGAGCCAAGACUGUCCACGUCAUCUACCGAUGACGACAAUCAUCCUUACGGUCACAUGUCCGACUCCAAUAGUGAAUUAUCGGAGAAUAGCAACAAGCACUGUGCGACCCAUUCUUCCAGCGAAUUCGAUACUAGUUCGCGUCAAAAAUCAGGCUCGGUUAACUCGAGCAUCGAUUUCAACGAUUCAAAAAUCAUCGGUAAGAAUCGAAUAAUAGGUAAAGAUUCCUUUCAACUUUACGGUCUGUCGCCGCCAAGCGAGAGCAGACUUAUGCAACGUCGUAUCAAAGCACGCUCAAGUUUGAUCGAAUGUCAGAAUAAUAAUUCUGUUAUCGCGUCCCCAAGUGGCUGAAAUUUGACAAUUAUAAAAGAGAGAGAAACUAAAUCGAUCUCCUUCUUAGAGUAUAAUUCGUCUUUGCUAAUAUUUUCCUUUCUGGAAUCGCAAAGGUGUAAUAUACUUUUAUCGAGCGGCUUAGAAAGAGUAACGAUUAGUCUAUGUAAGCGAUUCCUUCAUUCGACUUAGAAUGAAAUUGGCUUGUGUAAGAAGCAAAGAAAAAAAAGAAAAAAGUGUGCGGUUAAAAAGAACAAAAAAAAACAAAUAAUUAUAAUAAUAACAAUAAUAAUAAGAAUAAUAAUAUUACAACGCUACAAAAAGGACGAUGACGGCGGAAAAGAAAAAAAAACCUACGAUUAAAAUAUUUCAUAGUUCUGUAUUGUAUUAAGCGAGUAUGAUAAAAACAACAAACGUUUUCA